GGGGCUGCGACGGCGCGAGGAGGCGCGCCAGGGGAAGGAGCCACGGCCGCUGGGCAGCCGCCGCCGCCGCCGUGGGGGAACUAGGUGAAUAUGCCCCUUCCAUCCCCUGCCACGGUGCCUCGGUCGCGUCUGAGGAGGCGGGGUCCCCUCUCCUCUCACCGCUUUCCGGGGCAGGUGAUAAUAGAGGGAAAGUCUAGGCUUUGGCCGCGGCGCGGGGUUCGGGCGCAUCCCAGAUCCAAUCCCUCUGUGGAACUUCGAAACAUCUUCUAUUAGUGGAAACGUUGUUUUCUACACAAUGAAGUCAACAUCUUAAUUUAAACAAGCAUUCCUGUGUUUCUGAUUCAUCUGCUAUAUGGUUCAUGAAGCUUGAGAUCUAAGGCAUACUGGGUCUUUUGCAAUGACAAUAUGACUAAUAGUAAAGGAAGAUCUGUUACUAACAGAACAAGUGGUGGUCCAAGUAGUGGAGGAGGUUUUGUGGACUGGACUUUAAGUUUAAAUACAAUUCAAUCUGAUAAGUUUUUAAACUUACUGUUGAGUAUGGUUCCGGUAAUUUACCAGAAAAACCAGGAAGACAGGCACAAAAAAGGAAACAGCAUUUGGCAAGAUGGGUUAUCAACUGCAGCACAAACUUUUAGUAAUAGAUCUGAACAACACAUGGAAUAUCACAGUUUCUCAGAGCCAUCUUUUCAUGGCAACAGUGGGCACACGCCAUCAAGCUGUAGCCCAAAGUAUGAUGACUACGCCAACUACAAUUAUUGUGAUGGAAGGGAGGCUUCAGAAACUACGGCCAUGUUACAAGAUGAAGAUGUAUCUAGAGACGGUGAUGAAGAUGUCAUUGUGGAAGCAAACCAGAAAAUACCAAAGGAGUCCAGUGGUGUCAUGGCACUGCAAAUACUUGUGCCAUUUUUGUUAGCUGGCUUUGGAACAGUCUCAGCUGGCAUGGUUUUGGAUAUAGUCCAGCACUGGGAGGUGUUCAAAAAAGUAACAGAAGUUUUCAUCUUAGUUCCUGCACUUCUUGGUCUAAAAGGGAAUUUAGAAAUGACAUUGGCAUCCAGAUUAUCCACCGCAGUAAAUAUUGGGAAGAUGGAUUCACCCAUUGAAAAGUGGAACUUAAUAAUUGGCAACUUGGCUUUAAAACAGGUUCAAGCAACAGUAGUUGGCUUUCUAGCAGCUGUGGCAGCAAUUAUAUUGGGCUGGAUUCCAGAGGGGAAAUACUAUCUUGAUCAUUCCAUACUUUUGUGCUCUAGCAGCGUAGCAACUGCCUUCAUUGCAUCUCUUCUGCAGGGAAUAAUAAUGGUUGGGGUUAUCGUUGGUUCAAAGAAGACUGGGAUAAAUCCCGAUAAUGUUGCUACACCCAUUGCUGCUAGUUUUGGCGACCUUAUAACUCUUGCCAUAUUAGCUUGGAUAAGUCAGGGUUUGUACUCCUGUCUUGAAACCUAUUACUACAUUCCUCCAUUAGUUGGUGUCUUUUUCUUGGCUCUAACUCCUAUCUGGAUUAUAAUAGCUGCCAAACAUCCAGCCACAAGGACGGUUCUCCACUCAGGCUGGGAGCCUGUGAUAACAGCUAUGGUUAUAAGUAGCAUUGGGGGCCUUAUUCUGGACACAACUGUAUCUGAUCCAAACUUGGCUGGGAUUGUUGUUUACACACCAGUUAUUAAUGGUAUUGGUGGUAAUUUGGUAGCCAUUCAGGCUAGCAGGAUUUCUACUUACCUCCAUUUACACAGCAUUCCAGGAGAACUGCCCGAUGAACCCAAAGGUGGUUACUGCCCAUUUAGAACUUUUUUUGGUCCAGGAGUAAAUAAUAAGUCUGCUCAAGUUCUACUGCUUUUAGUGAUACCUGGGCAUUUAAUUUUCCUCUACACUAUUCAUUUGAUGAAAAGUGGUCACACUUCUUUAACUGUAAUCUUCGUUGUAGUAUACUUAUUUGCUGCUGUGUUACAGGUGUUUAUCUUGCUGUGGAUCGCUGACUGGAUGGUCCAUCAUUUCUGGAGGAAAGGAAAAGACCCAGAUAGCUUCUCCAUCCCCUAUCUGACGGCGCUGGGUGAUCUGCUCGGGACAGCCUUGUUAGCCUUAAGUUUUCAUUUUCUUUGGCUUAUCGGAGAUCGAGAUGGAGAUGUUGGAGACUAAUAAAUCCUACAAACCGUUCUCAAGUUACCAAGAAGUAAAACACAAAGACAACCACUUAUGGCUCUUUUUCAAAAUUUUUAAUUCAGUAGUUUGACUUCUGCGAGGGUAAUCUUCAGUUGGCCCUGAUUCCAUUAAAAGGCCUUAACAUUUUUUUUUUUUUAAAGAAUU